AUGAAUACAAAUUGUAAAAUUUUUGGUUGUUCUCCAAUUAAUGUUGAUAUUUGUCAUACCAAUCAUUGUGAUGAAAAUACUGGAAGUUGUUAUCAAAUUGCUGAUACUGGUAAUGAUGGAAAUUUUAAUACAAUUGAUAGUUGUGGUCCAUAUGGUUGUGUCAACGCACCAGUAAAUCCACCAGAACCAACUCAAUCAUAUCCUUGUACAGUUGAUUUUUGUGAUUUCCGUGGAUAUUGUUAUCAUUAUGAAACUCGUUGUUCAGAUUAUGAUGCAUGUUCACUUGAUACUUGUGGUGAAAAAGGAUACCCUUGUACAGCUGAUUUUUGCUCAAUGUUAUAUGGUUGUUAUCAUAACCCAAUCGAAUUCUCAGUUAAAGUACCAUGUAGUACUGAUUCUCAAUGCAAUAGAAACACUUGUGACUAUUAUGACAGAGAUCGUGGUGGUAAUCCAUGUAUUAAUAAUGAAUGGAGAACUGGUACAAUUACAAAUUAUAUAAUAAUAAUUAUUAUUAUUAUUUAA